AUGUCUUCAGAGAUGUGUUCGCUAGCACAACAAAUUCUAGAGUCAGUUACACCUUUUUAUGAAGAUUUGAUCAAAACUGGAAAUUUAUGUUCUCAGGCAUUUGAAACAUUAGUUCAAAUAUCAAAGAAAAUCAUUAGUUUUGAAACAAAAUUUGUGAAAUCUUCAGUACAAUCGCUUAAUUCCAUUGUUGAUCUUUUUAAUUCUGAACCUGAACUACGAGACUUAUAUAAAAUCCUUGAUGAAAACAUUCCAACACCUGCAGACUUUCAAAAAAUAGCAAAAUCAAAAUCUCACAAGCCAUUUCUUGAUGCAUUAAGUUCGAAAAAUGUUGAUUUGAAGUUUUGGUUUAGUUUUCCAUACACAUAUAUUGCCACUUGGACAGUAUUUUGGAAACAAAUACUAGAAAUCAUACCUGUUGAUGAUUCGUGUUAUUCGAUUUAUCAACACUGUCUUCUUGAUCUUAAUAAGAUAGAAUUUGAAUCUCAGCAUGCAAGAAUUGCACAACAGUUUAAAGAUAAGCUCACAAAACUCUUUAAACUGAGUGAUAAACAAAAAGUUUUUAUUCCUAAGAAUUCUCCACUACUUUGGCUUGUUCCUGGAUAUCAUGUAUGCAAACCAUCGAAUAUUAAGGCAGAUUUAUUUAUAUUUGAAGACAGAGUUGUACUUUGUCGCGAAGAUAAUCUUUUAAUUUCAUCAAAACUUUUAAACACAUGGAUUGUCAAGUCCCCAAUGCAUCCAGCACAACUAAACAUUGUUGAUGUACUUGGAACAAAGCAAUCAUUUGCUUUUCAGCCUGAAACAGAAAAUGAUGCAAUUGCGUUAUGGAAAACAUGGGAUUCUAUUGCCACAUGGUGUCCUAGCGAUUGGAGCAUGUUCCAGCCAAUCAUAAUUGAUCCAAAUGAAAAAGAUGAAAUAGAAUGGGAAACUGUUUAUAAAUGA